UGGCGUCUGUCUCCAGGUGACUCAUGACUGUGGCGGCGAAGCUCCUCCCCGUAGCUCGUGGAAGACGGACAGUUACGCGGGCUGCAUCCGAGCAUCCUGGUCCUAUGCGUACUUCCCAAGUCGGGAGCAAGUUCCCCUCAGUUAAAAGUUACUCGCAGGUGAAAGCUGAAGAAGGAGUACCAUGAGACAUACAGAAAUAAAGAGACUACUUUCUGUCAAUGUUGUCUGUAUAGCUUCAAUUAUUUUAACAACUCUUGUCCCCUCACUCUUUUUGGAGAACUUCUCAGUCUUGGGAACACACCUGAUAUGGUUAUGCAUCUGUUCAGCAAGUGUUGGCACUGGCAACGUAAUUUUGUAUCUUAUCUUUAAACCAAAUCCAUCUAUGAGAAGAAACUCUAUUGCCCACAAGGUGGCAAAAUUUAUAAGAUGCUGCGUGUACUUCUUUGUGUCUUGUAUCUUAUUUCAUGGAAUCAUUGUUCUUUAUGGAGCACCAUUAAUCGAAUCAAUACUUGAGACCUUCUUAUUUGCAGUUCUUCUUUCUACAUUCACAACUCUCCACUGCUUGUGUGUGCUGGGACCAAAUUUUCAAGCAUGGCUCCGAGUGUUCAGUAAAAAUGGAGCUAUGUCCAUCUGGGAUAACAAUCUGCAGAUCACAACAAUGUGCAGUGUGGUGGGAGCAUGGCUUGGAGCUUUUCCUAUUCCCCUGGAUUGGGAUCGACCAUGGCAGGUGUGGCCCAUUUCCUGUUCACUCGGCGCCACCUUUGGCUAUGUGGCUGGUCUCCUCAUUGCACCUUUGUGGAUAUACUGGAAUAGAAAGCAGCUUACAUACAAAAGCAGAUAAUAGACACAAAGAAGAGAAGGCUUUUUUGUUGUGCCGAUUCCAUAAAGACUGUGCAGAGACUUCCGUGUGGGUCAAAGCUAUCCAUACAUCUUCAAAGCGUCAUUGGGCCUUGCACCUCCUUUCACAGCAUGAUUUGCGUGCCACGGCAACACGAUGAUACAUCUGUCAUGUGUCUUAAAUUGUGUUACCCCUGAGAGACUGUACUUUCCUUCCAGUCCUAAUAAAUUAUUUGGAACAGA